AUGGCAUCGCAACCGGGCGAAGUCAGUGCCGCAGAUAAACGGUGGCUCACUUUCCGACAAAAGCACGACGCUGAACUCAAGGGCUUCCAACGGCACGCGAAUGAGUCUUUUGCCAAAUUUCAGGACAACGUCACCAAGGAGCGAGCCAUCAUUCUCGCAAAGCACAAGAAAGAAGAGGAGGAAUUCUGGAACAAGGCAAAGGCGGCAGCGAACAAGGAGAAGAAAAAGGUUGGUAACAUGGCUGCCGGAUCUAAGACUGCACUCCAGAGUCAAACGAAUCGACGCGUAGCUGCUGCACCACCGAGAGCUGCUCCCAUCAUCAAGAAAACGCCGGCGCCCAGGCCCAAAGCACAAUCCAUAUCCAAGCCAGCGAGCAACACAACCGCACCGGUAGCAGGACCGAGAGACAAGAAGGCCGCUGUCACGAUCAUUGAUCUUUGUUCCGACGAGGAUGACGAUGACCCAGUGUUACUCAAGGAGAAACCUGCAUUACAGAUCGCUGGGCAGAAACCUAUCGCGAAAGACCUUCCCAGCUUGUCUGGCAUCUUCGGAAACGCGACCAUCAUCGGCUUCCUCUCCGUGGGCUACCCCCACAGUUUCUGCUUCACAACGCCUACAGUCGACGAGCGGUUUGGCUUCUUCUAG